CAUUAUACCUACCAAAAAUCCACAUCAUCAUUGUGAGCAUGUUAGCAUGCUGAUGUUAGCUUUUAGAUUGAAGCAUCACUGUGUUUAACUACAGUCUCACAGAGCCGCUAGCUGAAGACUUGUUCAAUACACAGUGAUUGUACAGUGAAGCUUCAAUGCAUGAUGGUGGAUUGCAUGGUAACUUUUUAGUUGGCUUGAUGCUUUGAAAUGGAACGUUUUAUUUGUUCUCUUCUCCUAUUUUUCCAUUUCUCCUCAUGCAUGAAGAUUAUUUGGUUAAAUUGAUGAGAUCAAAGCUUUUAUAUAGAUCCACCUUCAUUAAACAAGGAGGAGAUGCAGCUCAAAUAAUCUUACUAUUUGACAAAGUCAUCAGACAUGUUGACAUUUUCAGAUGUAAGGACUUAUCAGCUCAUGUUAUAGUGUUGAUGAGUAAAUAAUUUGUCAGUUAGAGACUUGUUCUUGUUAUGUGGCAUCUCCACUUUUAUAAAAUAAUAAUUAAUAUGAUGGAAUCUAGACUCAUUUUGUUGGAGAAAGUCAAGAUGAGAAAGUAAAGUCAAUUUUACUUUAUUUUCGGCCGUGAAAAGAAAAUACAUCCAAAGAAAGUUGACAAUAAAUGCAAGAAGCUAAAACAAAAAAUGUUUGCACUGGUUAAAUGAAUGAUCACUUCUGGACUUUAAAAACACAUCAUGUUCAUGAGCACUCUUUUACUGUAUCUUUAUGUAACAAAAGCAGAGUUCAGCAGAGAAAGACAAAAGUGAUGUGAACUGACAAUAUUUUAAUGGGGGGGAUAAAAGACUGUAAGUGAUCAAUGGAGGCGGCGGCCAAGUGAUGCCCGGGGGACGGCUUUGAUGUGGGCAUCCUCAGAGGGACGCCGGGGACAAUGCCCUCUUUGAGGGGCACGGAGAAUGGCAGACACUUCCCUCUCCCUCUCUCGCUGUCUCACACUCUGUCACUCAACCUCCCUCCAUCUCCUGCUCUCUCGGCUUACACUGUGACCCUUCGAUUCAGACGCUUGUUGACGUCUCUCUCUCUCUCGCUCUACAUUCCUCUACUCCUGUGUCACAUCAGCCCAUAUCCUUAUCUGCAUAACUUUCUCCCUCUUCCUCUCACAUUAAUUAAUUCAAACAACACCCCCUUCCCUGCCACCCAGCCAAUCACUCCGCCUUCCCCUUUUCCUCCCUCCCUAUCUGUAUCUCUCUCUCCCUCCCUCUGUCUCCUUUCAUAGAACCAAACCUCUUUGUGAUGUCCAGCCUUGGCAAGUUGCGCCCGAUUUGCUGUCACAGUCUUAAUGAAUUCAUCUGUUUGUGCAUUGGCCAUGGGAGCAUUUCUCCCUCCUCCCUCCCUUUCCCUCUCUCUUCCCUAUCCUCUCCCCCCUCCCUCUGACUGGUGUUCCCCUGGGGACUCUAUAUAUACCAGGGACAACUCCAGGCACCUAUUGUUCCUCUAAGUAAAUUUACAGACAGAUGCCCUGCACCACAGUGUGGGAGAGAGCCCAGAGAGUCAGGAGGAGGGAGACAGUUAGCGAUUGCAGAGAGCCACCAGACAAUAAGGACCUGGAGACAGCAAGGGCACUGCAGGCUAGCCUCAUCUCCAGCACCUCUGCAUCCUCUUCAGUCAUCCCGCGUGUCUACUGCCUGUCUGUUUGUUGUCACGGUGGAGUGGAGGUCUGAUGCUCUGACACCAUGCUGCUGCUGAUAUCACUGAUGUUUAUGGGGCUGGACUGCUUGCUGGGAGCCCCAACAGGUAGAGAAGUCUACAGGAUGCCCCAGAGUGCACUCAAAGCUCUGUCUGAUCGUGGUACUGUGGUUCUGGAAGCGGCCAUGACGAGUGCCCUGUCCGCUCUUGAGCGCGCAUCAUCUGAGAGGAGUCGGGCCGAGGCGGGCUGCAGGGGCUGUGUUCCCUGUCUGUUUCAGGACUGUGGACAGCAGUCUGGAUCCUGCUCUUCUCCUGCCAAUGCCUUAUCAGAGCCCAGCUGUGAUGUCAUCACCAAAGCCCAGAAGCUUCAAGAUGAAGCUGAGCGGAGUUGGGCUUUGAGCCAGGCCUGUGCUUACUAUCAGCAUCGCUGUCCACCUGGUGACUUGGACAAGGAGAGCUGCAUCAGGAUCAUGGGUGAGAGUUGCAGUGCUCGCGUCCUCCAGUGCAGCCUGCUUAACACAAUGCAGAACCUGGAACCUGCUACACAGACGCACGUACAGGCAGUGUGCGGUCAGAGGUCGUCCACGGUGCAGAACAUCACGCAGCCUCGCUCCAGGAUUGUGGGUGGCUCCCCUGCUCCUCCAGGCAGCUGGCCCUGGCUGGUCAACCUGCAGCUAGAUGGUGGCCUAAUGUGCGGAGGGGUCCUGGUGGACAGCUCCUGGGUGGUCACUGCUGCGCAUUGCUUUGCUGGCAGCCGCAGUGAGAGCUACUGGACGGCUGUGGUGGGGGAGUUUGACAUCACCAAGACUGACCCUGAUGAACAGGUUCUCAAAGUCAACCGCAUCAUCCCUCAUCCUAAGUUCAACCCAAAGACCUUUAACAAUGAUAUAGCCCUGGUGGAGCUGACAUCCCCUGUGGUCCUGUCUGAUCGUGUCACCCCUGUGUGUCUCCCCUCUGGCAUGGAGCCCCCUACUGGCAGCCCAUGCCUGGUGGCGGGCUGGGGCUCCCUCUAUGAGGAUGGCCCAUCUGCUGACGUGGUGAUGGAAGCCAAAGUGCCCCUGCUGCCUCAGAGCACUUGUAAGAGUGCCCUCGGCAAAGAACUGGUCACCAACACUAUGCUGUGUGCUGGCUAUCUCUCUGGAGGUAUAGACUCCUGUCAGGGAGAUUCUGGAGGCCCCCUUAUCUACCAGGACAGGAUUUCGGGCCGGUUCCAGCUCUAUGGUAUUACCUCCUGGGGAGAUGGCUGUGGGGAGAAGGGAAAGCCUGGAGUCUACACUCGGGUGUCUGCUUUUUCCGACUGGAUUCAGGAUGAGAUACAGAAGUCAUUUGGGAGCCGGGAGCCAACAUGUCCAGAGCUUCUAAAGACAACAGAAAUGACUGAGGAGGAACAGAGGUCUGAGUUCAGCUCUCUUUGUCGCUUUUACACUCUAACCUGUCCUCCCGGUCAGACUGCCAGCUCUUGCAGCCGAAUGGCCGAGGACAAAUGCCUCAACCGCUUCAAGAAAUGUCAGUUGCGUUCGUUCCUGCAGACCCUGUUGGACUUGCUCCAGAGGGCUGAGGACUACAUCAGGGACAAAGUUGACUUGACCUUCUUCACCCAGACUCUCCCUCAGCUGGUUGAGCACAUCUACAGCACAGCUUUCACUCACACCAGAGAGAGGAGGGACCUGGGCCUGAGUCGUGGUCUCACGCAGAUUGAAGAACAGCUAGGUGGAGCUGUGGUGCCAGAGGAGCAGGGUCCCUCUCCAGUUCCUCCAGCCUUAUUCAGAGAGGUGGGCCCCUUGGUGGAUGACUGGGAGAAAUACCUGAGAGGCAUAGCUGAGGACAUGGAUAAACAACACAUUGACUCAUCCACAGACGUCUCCUCUACAUCAACACAACAGGAGGAAAACAUUUUUAUGCAGGCAGGGGAGUCCUCGCUUCAACAGCUAGAGGGAGAAUAUAAAUCUGCCAUCUUGGCUCUGCGCUCUAAACUGGACUCAAAAGCUGCUCCUCCCAUCCUGCACUUGGACACAACCUACCUCCAGGAGGAGUCUCCCAACACUUCACCUAUUCCCACUUCUUCCAGUGGAACACAAGUCCACACCAGUCCCGCUGCCUCCUCCCAGAAAUCCCCGGAGCCAUGGUCACUUCUAACAGCCCUGAUGAAUGAAAUUCAGACAUUAAGAACACAAGAUGAAACUGCGACAGAAGCUGAGUCACAAAGUGAAAUGUCGUCCAGUAGAAUUGUUUCUCCUGAUGUGACGUGGGACGCCACAUCGGAUGAUCUUACUUUUGUUGAGAAUGGAGAAUUAACAUCCAGUCCAGUGCAGUCAACAACAGUCGUCCAGCCAAUCACUGUGGGUGACGGCACGGAGACGACUGCUCAGCCCAGACAAACUGCACAUGCUGUCAAGCCUCUAAGUCUCCACAGAAAAUACAGGAGCCUUCUUCACAAGAGGCAGAUACCUGGGGCCAGUGGGAAAAUUUGUACUGGGGUGAGAGAGUCCUCACAGCAAGUCAGCCAAGUCAGAGACUCUUACCGCUGGGUGUUAAGCAUCCCAAGCAAGAACCUGCACAUGAACUUCCAAGAGGUGUUAGUUGAUCUGAGCUCAAAGAAUGAUCGAGGACUUUACCAGGCACGGGUUAGAGCUGUAGUGGGAGGACGACCUUUGACCUUCUACAGUCUUGUGGGCCUGGAGAAUGAAUCAUUCUACCGCAGUGUGCCAAGGAUCAUCGCUUUGGCACUGGAGGCACUCAAGACUUAACUUAAUUGUAACACCGAGUGCAAUCAGAUGAAAGACAGAAGACUCAAACGAGAGAUGAUGGCACAAAGACUCUCACAGUUGUUGCGGGACUUAAAGUCACAACAGAGAGACGCACACAAAAAAACGCACACUCAAACAAAAAUGUUUUUCUUCUGUGGUUUCCCGUGAAAAGCGUUCUGUUUUUUGUAGCAGUUUUUCCCCAUCAGAGAGCAGGAUUUGGGCUCUAAAUAAAAACACAACCAUGAAUGUAUCAAUCCAACUAUGAACCACCCAUCACGCCACAGGUUUUUUUUUUCUAUGUGGUUGGAGACACAGCCUUGUCUAACUUAUGAAUCUGUACAAAUGAUAAGUUAUUCAUAUUGUCAUAAAGUCUUUUGCAAAGGUUGAGCCUCUUGUGAAGAACACAGACUGUAUAUAUUAUUCAUGUUAUCUUUAUUCAUAUCAUAUUUAUUUGUAUAGA